AUGAGUUCUAUGCUUGUUUGCUACGGUGAGAAAAGUAAUGACUCCGAUUUGAAUCGUUAUUUCGGUGAAGUUAUUCUUCAUCUUUUGGAAAUUGAAAGUUUACAAGGACGACAGUUGAAGCAAUGGUGUAUUGAUAAAAUGAUUGAACUACCUGAGCCAGUAUGGGAUAGUCCCGUCGAAACUUUGCAGCAAUUAAGUUUGUUCAAAUUUAUUUUGUGUUUACAGUUUUCCAAUCAACAGCUUGAAAAUCAUACUGGUGAGAUCUUUGAAGAGAAACAGCUUCUUUGGGCAGACAUUCGUAUUGAACCUUUGAAAUUUGAUGAUCUUUAUAAUUUGAACGGUGAAAUGGAUCACAAUUAUGAAGAUCCGUUAACGAAAUAUGCUUUGGAACUAUACACUGCGAAUCUUUUUCUAAAGUGUGGGACAUUAUAUCAUGUUAAGGAUUUUAUUCAACACUGUACUGCAAGUAAACAGAAAAUGAAUUCUUUAACUGAUAAGAGGGAAACUUUUCCGGAACUCUUCGAUACUGGGAAGCAAUCGGUGAUCAAGAUCCCUUGGAAGUUCCCAACGCAAUUUUUAACAAAGGUUACUGAAGAACAUACUUUAAACUCUAAAGUAUCUAUUUCCUUCUCAAAGAUGAUGUUGAAGGAAAGAGCCAAAUUGUACAAGGAUAUUAACCCGGAAGAUAUCAGCCCUCGUUACGUUAAAGUGGAUAUGAAGUGGCUAGAAGGAACAAACGUUUACAGUUUGUGGCAAAUGGAGGAGGAAACAAGCCAAACGUCGUUGGAAUUAGAGGAGAUAAAACAAAGACAAAUUGAGCGUCAAAAAAUCUUUGAGGAUGACUUGGAACCCUUGACACCAAAAACAGAUGUUGAUAUGUGUCAUCUAUAUUUGAAGUCUACAAAGAACAAAAAUUUUUCCAAUAACCAUGCUAUUGAUGAUAAGAUUUUGGGUAAAGAUUCUGUUCGAAGUACCGUGGCAGAUAUCAAUAUGGGGAAAGAAAACUAUUCGAUGGAGUCCGAAGACUCCGAGUCAAUAAGAACUGCUUUAGCAUUUCAGAAUGGCAUGGUUACUGGUCUUGAGAAUCCAACUUCUUUGAAAAACUUACAUAUCCAUGAAACAGCUAUGAUUGAUAUGGAUCUGUGUACUGGGUUGAGACACCUCACUUAUGUGCCAAAAUUUGGUGACGUGCAUGAAGCUGAUUGUAUUAUCAAGAUAGAAAUAAAUAAACCUGGGACCACGCCAUCAUCUCUGGACAGUAUUUCAUUAACCCAACAAUUACAGCGUUUACGUUGCUUCUUCAAAAGGGAAAAAGCAGAAAAGACUCUUGAACCCAGUAAAGCGAUUAAAACUCAAAAUGAUAACCUUCGAGAGCUCUUGUUACCACCUAUUGACAGUAAGAUAACUUUCAAAAAAUUCUUUAGAGCUAAACUUCGACAAAUAAGAUCAGACUUCAGCUACUAUAAAAAAGUCGCCAUUUAUUGUAUCGAUGACAUAAGACACUAUAGCCCAGACGAGGAACAGCACACUCCUUGA